UUCGCAUGGCGGACGUGCAAGUGAACUCUGUUAUUUGUUGGUGAUAUUUUUAAUUAUUAUCUUUUCAAGAUUCCUUAUGGAAAGGCAAAUUAUUAUUCUCCUUUUUCUUUGCGGUCGUGCCUUAUUCAUUCCUUAACGUUAGAUGAUGUUAAAGUGUUGAUUAUAGUUUAAUUUGUGAGAACUGUAUAGGUUUUUCUUAAAAAUGGGAAAAUGUGACGAAGCUAAUGUGCAAGUUAAUAUGGGGGACUCGGCGUCCCCUAUGAAACCUGAUAAUUUUUCAUUCACCGUGCCCCCCGAGGCUCCUGUCUUCGAACCAACCCCUGAAGAGUUCCUCGAUCCCCUGGCUUACAUCAGCAAAAUACGACCCAUUGCUGAGAAGUCAGGGAUAUGCAAGAUCAAGCCCCCCCCGCACUGGCAGCCGCCGUUUGCGGUGGAUGUGGAUCGACUACGCUUCACGCCGAGGAUACAGCGGCUGAACGAGUUAGAGGCUAUAACACGGGUAAAAAUGAACUUCCUCGACCAGAUCAUGAAGUUCUGGGAGCUGCAAGGCUCUGUGCUGAAAAUACCCACAGUUGAGAGGAAACCCUUGGAUCUAUAUGCUUUACAUAAAAUUGUCAAAGAAGCUGGUGGCUUCGAAGUAUGUUCAGCAGAGCGCAAAUGGUCAAAAAUAGCGCGACGCAUGGGCCACCCUCAGGGCAAAGGGAUAGGAUCCAUCCUUAAGAAUCAUUAUGAACGUAUUCUCUACCCCUACGAUGUGUUCAAGAGCAGCGGAGCCGCAGGCGGUGCAGGAGACACAAAGGAGACGAAGGUGGAAGUGAAGUGCGAGCAAACGCCGGAGAAGGCGGGGCGCCGCUCCAGCAAGGCGCCGGCGCAGACGCCGCCGCCGCGCCGCUACAAGAGCUCGGAGCCCGAGGCGGCGGAGGGCAGCCACACCGAGGGCGCGCUGCCCGCCGCCGCGCCCGGCGCCGACAAGAAGAGCCCCGUCAAGGAGGAGCCGGGGGAAGCCAGGAGGAGCCCGCGCGAGAACAAGUGGAUGUCGCAGGCGGGCAGCUGCGGCGUGCUGCGCUCCACGCGCCUGCGCGAGCACCGCCUCAGCAACAUGACCGUGUCCGUGACGCCCGCGCCGCCCGCGCACGCGCCGCUGCACCCGGACGACCCGCUCGCCAAGUACAUGUGCCACGUGUGCGGGCGCGGCGACAUCGAGGAGCAGAUGCUGCUGUGCGACGGCUGCGACGACUCCUACCACACCUUCUGCCUCGUGCCGCCGCUCGCAGACGUGCCCAAGGGCGACUGGCGCUGCCCCGUGUGCCUCGCCGAGGAGGUGUCCAAACCCACUGAAGCUUUCGGUUUCGAACAAGCCAGCCGCGAAUACACUUUGCAGCAGUUUGGGGAAAUGGCGGACCAGUUCAAGUCGGAUUACUUUAAUAUGCCGAUGGUGCCAACAUCAACGGUAGAGCGGGAGUUUUGGCGCGUCGUGUCUUCCAUCGAUGAAGAUGUUACAGUGGAGUACGGCGCCGACUUGCAUUCAAUGGAUCAUGGUUCAGGGUUUCCUACAAAGUCCAGCGCACACUUGUAUCCUGGCGAACAACAGUAUGCAGAUUCCAAUUGGAAUCUGAACAAUCUGCCUGUUCUGGAAGGUUCCGUGCUGGGACAUAUAAAUGCUGAUAUAUCUGGCAUGAAGAUCCCAUGGCUGUACGUCGGCAUGUGCUUCGCGACGUUCUGCUGGCACAACGAGGACCACUGGAGCUACUCCAUCAACUACCUGCACUGGGGCGAGCCGAAGACUUGGUAUGGUGUACCGAGCUCCAAGGCAGAGCAAUUCGAAGCGGCGAUGAAAGUGGAAGCGCCGGAGCUGUUUCAAUUACAGCCGGACCUCCUGCACCAAUUAGUCACCAUCAUGAACCCUAACGUGCUUAUGAAGGCAGGAGUGCCUGUUUAUAGAACGGAUCAGCACGCUGGAGAGUUCGUGAUAACAUUUCCAAGAGCGUACCAUGCUGGCUUCAACCAGGGCUACAACUUCGCUGAGGCCGUCAACUUCACACCGGCUGAUUGGCUGAAAAUGGGUCGCGAAUGCAUCGCCCACUACUCCACACUUCGGCGAUAUUGCGUGUUCUCGCACGACGAGCUCGUAUGCAAGAUGGCUUUAGAAGCUGAUUCGCUGAGUCUGACCGUGGCUCUGGCGGCGUACAGGGACAUGAGGACCAUGCUGCAUGAUGAGAGGAAACUAAGGAAGUCGUUGCUUGACUGGGGUGUCACGGAAGCCGAACGGGAGGCGUUCGAGCUAUUGCCUGACGACGAGCGGCAGUGCCACGAGUGCAAGACCACGUGCUUCUUGUCCUGUGUCACGUGUGCGUGCACCACGCAAGUGGCGUGCCUGCGCCACUACGAGCAGCUGUGCACCUGUGCGCCCGCCGUGCACAAACUGAGGUACCGCUACACACUGGACGAGCUCCCCGCCAUGUUGGAGAAGCUGAAGCGCAAAUCGGAGUUGUUCCGCGAGUGGGCGGAGGCUGUGCAGAACGCGCUGGACCCGGACACGCCCAAGACCUGCGACCUUGACGGGCUGCGGGCUCACCUAAAGAGGGCGCAUGAUCUCAAGCACAAGACGGAGCUGGUGCGCGCGCUGGAGACGGCCAUCGAGGACGCGGAGAAGUGCGCCAGCGUCAUCCAGCAGCUGGACCUCAACAAGAUGCGCACGCGCACUCGCCACCACGACCCCAAGUACCGGCUCACCAUCCACGAACUCACGCUCUUCGCGGCCGAGAUCGACGGGCUGGCGUGCGUGCUGCCUGAAGGUUCCGCGGUAAAGGAAGUGCUGCGUCAAACGGCAGAAUUUGAAGACCGAGCGACGGACUUACUUGGCAAAGACUUAGAAGAUUGUGAUGCCGCAUCUGUUAGGGAAUUGGAAGAGGUGGCGGAGCUGGGCGCGCGGCUGUGCAUCGUGCUGCCGCAGCUGGGCGCGGUGCGCGCGCGCCGGGCGCAGGCGCGCUGGCUGGCGGGCGUGCGCGCGCACCGCGACGACUGCAGCACGCUCACGCCCGACGCGCUCGAGCGCCUGCUGGCCGACGGCGCCGCCGUGCUGCCGCACCGCCGCGUCGAGGCCGAGCGCGCCGCGCUGUUCCGCCUCAAGCUACAAGUAGAAGAUUGGGAGCGGCGCGUGCGCACUAUUCUCAUCGAUACCACAUCAAAGGGACGGGAGUCCAUUGACAGUUUAACGGAAGAGCACACGACCCUCAUGGAGCUGGACGCUUUGCUGGCAGAAGGGGACGACAUCGAAGCAGCGCUGCCCUCGCAUCAUGCUCUGCAUACCGCCACUGCGCACGCGAGGGAUUGGCUCGCCAAGGUGGAAGAAAUGCAAUCAAAAGAACUGUACCCCUAUAUGCACAGCGUGGAAGCCCUGUCGCGCCGCGGCGCCAGCAUACCUCUACCCCUACUGGAGAAACAACAGUUAGCGACUGCACUACAAUCAGCAAAGGAAUGGCAAAGGGGAGCGGCCGAUAUGUUUCUUAAAAAGAACUGGCCAUACUCCCUCCUGGAAGCCCUAUCACCCCGAACUGAGUGCGGGAACGCGACUCGAAGGCGAGGCCGGGCCGAGGUUCCUCCACUGGAAGGCGGCCUGUUGAAGCACUUCAGCGAAGACGCAACUCCCACCGAGAUAGUCGCGGCCUUCAAACAGGCUGAGCAGAGGGAGUUGACCGCUAUCAAGGAGUUGAGGACGCGUAACAUGCGCAAGGAGGUGCGCGCUCCGCCCGCGGCUGGCGUCACGUUCUGCGUGUGUCAAAAGCGGCAAUAUGGAGUUAUGACGCAGUGCGAACUUUGCAAGGAUUGGUUUCAUGCCUCCUGCGUCGCAUCAGCCCGAGAGGAAUUGGAGGACAGGUCGGAAUCUCCGGAAAGGAUAGAACUUCCAUUCCCUUGCACGGAGAGCAAGUUCCUGUGCCCCGACUGCACUCGCACCAAACGGCCACGCCUGCACCGUAUAUUGGCGUUGUUGGUGUGGCUGCAGAAGCUGCCGGUGCGGCUGGCGGAGGGCGAGGCGCUGCAGUGCGUGACGGAGCGCGCCAUGGCGUGGCAGGACGCGGCGCGCGCGCUGCUGGCCGGCCUGCCCGCGCAGCGCGCCGCGCCCGAGCGCCGCGACGCGCUGGCGCGGUCAUCAGCGAACGUAGAGCACGCUUACAGUGCAACGCCGCGAUCGCCGAGUACGCGAGUGGCGCCGGGGCUGCUUCAGAAACUUGAAGACCUCAUGCUUGAGGGAGAUUUAUUGGAGGUGCGGCUGGAGGAGCAAGCGGCGGUGUGGAGCGCCGUGUGGGCCGCGCGCGCCGCCGAGGGCCGGCGCAGCGCGCGCGUGCUGGACGCGGGCCGCCGCAAGCGCGCCACCACCGCCAAGCACCAGCACCAGCUCAAGCGCACGAGGCCGCUUCCACUGCAUGGUACGAAUACUGCAAAGCCGACCAUGAAGAGAGGUUCAGCCACUACGACCAAUUACUUAAAUAGGAAACAGGGCAUGUCAUCGGGCUCAGGGUUGAUGAUGCGGAAACAUUACAUGGCGCGACAAGAGAGGCGCAAACGCGGAAUGCCCAACCGGCAUCAUCCACGACAUUCGAGAAUGGCACAAACCCGCGGCUCGCAUUCGAACGCGGGCGCCCGCGCGGCCGCCGUGCGCAACGAGAGUGCGCGCCGGAGCAGCUCGUCCUCGCACUCAUCCGCUGACGACGACGAGGACUGCGCCGCGGCGUCCUGCUUGCGACCUACGGGAAAAGUCGACUGGGUGCAGUGUGACGGAGGUUGCGAUCAGUGGUUCCACAUGCACUGUGUCGGACUCAGUCGAGGUGCGCUACGGGAAGACGAUGACUACGUGUGCGGCUCCUGUGCAGAACGGUCUGACAGGCAUUGACCUACUAAAACUGCCAAAUGCUAGAAAGUGUAUAGGAUUUGGUAGCAAAUGUAUUACGUGUGCGGUUCCGCGCGGAAAACUGAUUGGCAUUGAAUGACCAAAACUAACAAUUGCUAAAAAGUGGAAUUUGGUAGAAAUAUAUAGGAUGUGGUAGAAUUCGUAAAAAGUGUUACAAGGGCACUUCCAUGAACGUUAAAAUAGUGUGAUAAAUGGGCGUUUAAGCAAGUGAUAUGUCUACUAAAUUCUUUUUCGAUCUUUACAAUCUUCAAACCAGCAUCACUACCAGACAGUCUGGCAUAUGGUAGAAUUUUCCUACCAUAUGGUAGAAAUUGGUCGGGAUCCUUUUCGAUGCACGGAUGGACAUAGAUAAAAAUGUGAUAAACAGACGUUUUUGCAGUGAAGUUCUAUCGAAUGCGUAUUGUUAUAUUGGAUAUAGGUGAUUCACUGGUGCCUCAAAUUAAUGCGCCACUUCGCCGCAAAGUCCCAAGUUUGAAUUUUGUGUGCUCGUUAGAGAUUUUUUCGUAAAACUAAUAUUAUAUAAAUAAAGUACUACCUUUUAAGUUGUUUAAUAUUACGGUUGAAUUGUUUGUAGGCUAUAUACCAAUCAUGAACAAAUAAAAUGGGAUGCAAUUUUGAAUACAUGAUGUUUUGUGUACAGUCUCUCCUACAUGCGAAAUUUUUGCCGUGAUUUUUACAAUAAUAAUAACCUUCGUCGUUAAUUUAUGCUGAUACCUACAACAGUUAUAUCAAAAGGGGGAAAACCAUUUUAUCAGAGCUUUACGAACCGAUAAACAUUUUAAAUAGGUUCCGAAAUCAUUUAGGUUCCAGUUUCGGUUUCUUUUAUUGAACCUGUUAAAUCGAAAACACGUUUUUCACAAACAUUUUUUUUAAAUCAGGGCAUUAACCGAUUAACUUGAUUAAUUGCACGUUAUGAAAUCCCUUUACAUCUUUAAAUAAAAAUCUGAUAAUUUUAUUACAUCUUUUAUCAUAAAAUAUUUGUACGUUUUUGCAUGCAUUCUUACAAACAAGCGAAGUUAUAAGACCGUUAUUCAGUGUAACUAGUUUCCCCCUUUUCUAAAGUUAUGCCACAAAAUGUUAUCUUCAAAUUUUACGACCGACCUGCCUGUAUUAAUAUUAUCAUCGACCGAUAUGACGGCAGGAAUUUCGCACGUUUUUUAGGAGAGGCGUCUGAAACUCACGGCUAUGCGGUUCUUGGAAUGCGAGAUGCACGUAUUAUAUUCCGAAUUAUGCGAACUGUCAGGUUCAUUCACAUCAAUGCUUAUUUUAGACUUAUGAAUACAGGAAAUUUUAUAGUUUAUAUCAGAACGCGCAGUUUAAACAUAUACAAUUGAUAUCAUUAGUGCUAAUUCUGCUGUGUGGUAUUGAAACGAGUUUUGUUCAUUUUUAUAAAUUUAACAUGCAUAUUCAAAAUUUCUUAACCGACAGGAUUUGCACCUGCGUCUGUGGCAAUCGCGGCCUGAGCGCUUUCUCCAAUUAAGCUACGGCUCUCCUA